CGAUUGGACGAGGACGAUGGCAGUGAGCACUUUCUCGACGGCAUUGCCCACCACCGAUUUUGCCACUACGUGUCCCACUGCACCCGCGCCCUGGACCGAGGCGUCUCUACCACCUGAAGACGAGGAGGAGAACGUUCUGCACAUCGGCGGGAUCUUUCCCAUCGCCGGCGAGGGUGGCUGGCAAGGUGGCCAGGCUUGCAUGCCAGCCGCGCACCUGGCCUUAGAGGACGUUAAUCGCGAAAAGAACUUGUUACGCGGAUAUAGACUGCAUCUUCAUUCCAACGAUAGCGAGUGCGAGCCCGGUCUCGGCGCCUCCGUGAUGUACAACUUGCUAUAUUUUCCACCUUAUAAAUUAAUGCUGUUAGCCGGGUGUAGCACGGUCUGCACUACGGUUGCCGAAGCGGCAAAAAUGUGGAAUUUAGUGGUGCUUUGUUACGGUGCGUCAUCGCCGGCAUUGUCUGACCGAAAUCGAUUCCCGACUCUCUUCAGGACGCAUCCAUCUGCCACCGUGCACAAUCCUACGAGAAUUAAAUUGUUGCAGAAAUUUGGUUGGUCUCGGGUAGCGAUAUUACAGCAAGCCGAAGAAGUGUUUAUAUCGACCGUGGAAGAUCUAGAAGCACGGUGUAAAGAAGCUGGGAUAGAGAUAGUUACUCGGCAGAGUUUCUUGUCGGAUCCGACGGACGCGGUGAAAAAUCUACGCCGUCAGGACGCGCGCAUAAUCGUUGGCCUUUUCUACGUGGUGGCUGCGAGGCGGGUGCUCUGCGAGCUCUAUAACCAGAAGCUGUACGGCAAGACCUACGUGUGGUUCUUCAUCGGUUGGUACGAAGACGACUGGUUCGAGAUCAAUCUGGAAAAGGAAGGCAUCUCCUGUACGAAAGAGCAAAUGCGAAUGGCGGCAGAAGGUCACUUGACCACUGAGGCGCUUAUGUGGAAUCAAAAUAAUGACACGACAAUCAGCGGCAUGACUGCUGAGGACUUCCGAAAGAGAUUGAACAAACUGCUGAAGGACGACGGCUUUGACACAGAUAACAAUCGAUAUCCGGAAGGAUACCAAGAGGCACCUCUUGCCUACGACGCGGUCUGGUCCGUCGCAUUGGCGUUUAACAGAACUAUGGAGAGACUAAGCAAGAUGGGGAAGAGUUUGAAGAACUUCACUUACGAAAACAAAGAAAUUGCUGAUGAGAUAUACGCUGCAGUAAACUCGACCCAGUUUCUCGGAGUUUCCGGAUACGUCGCGUUCAGCUCGCAAGGCGACAGGAUUGCUUUGACGCAGAUCGAGCAGGUGAUUGACGGAAAGUAUGUUAAGUUGGGGUACUACGAUACGCAAAGCGACAAUCUAACGUGGCGGAACGUGGAACGGUGGAUCGGCGGUAAGGUUCCGCAAGACAGAACGAUAAUAAGAACCGUUUUAAGAACGGUGUCACUGCCCUUAUUUAUAAGUAUGGCGACCUUGUCGGCGCUCGGCAUCCUGAUAGCUGUUGGAUUGAUCAUAUUUAACAUCUAUAACAGGCAUCGAAGAGUUAUAUACUCGUCUCAUCCCACCGCCAACACGAUAAUGCUAGUGGGAAUAAUAGGGUGCUUCUUAGCCGUACUGUGCAUAGGAAUUGACGGUAGGUUUGUGACGCCGUGGCAGUUUUUGAUAAUCUGCCAAGCCAGAGCGUGGACUAUGUCGAUCGGCUUCACUCUUGCAUUCGGCGCCAUGUUCAGCAAAGUGUGGAGGGUCCAUCGACUCUCGACAAAGGCGAAAGCUGAUCAAGGGAAAUCAUUGACGGCUAAACAAAAAGUUUCGUCUAUACAGAAGAAGAUUGAGCCGUGGAAGCUGUACGUUAUGUUGAGCGGAUUGCUGUCGGUGGAUAUCAUCCUACUCGUCACCUGGCAGGUGGUCGAUCCGUUGCAUAGAAGAAUCGAGACCUUCGCGUUGGAACUGCCUCCUUACGGAGACGAGGAUGCAAUGAUCAAGCCCGAAUUGGAACAUUGCGAGAGCGAGCACAACAGUUUAUGGCUCGGUUUGAUCUAUGGCUAUAAAGGCAUUGUCCUGGCUUUCGGACUCUUUCUGUCUUAUGAAACGAGAAGCCUCAAAAUCAAACUGAUCAAUGACUCCAGAUACGUGGGAAUGUCAAUAUAUAACAUCGUAGUUCUGUGUCUCAUAACGGUACCCGUGGUAAUGGUUAUCUCUAGCCAACAGGACGCCAGUUAUGCCUUUUCCGCGCUGGCCACUAUCUUUUGUUGCUUCCUCAGUAUGGCGCUUAUCUUCGUGCCGAAAGUGAUCGAAGUGUUUAGGCAUCCCAGAGACAAGUCCGAGUCGAGAUACAACCCAGACGGAGCGGUGUCCAAGGAAGAGGAGGAGAAAUAUCAGAAGCUACUCAACGAGAAUGAUGACCUUCAAAAGCUUAUUGCCACGAAAGAAGAAAAGAUUCAAGCCAUCAAGCAGAAACUAGCUGAACGCGACGCCCUGAGGGGAACCACCACGAUAAGUCGUUGUAGGCAGAGUCAACCCAAGCAGUUCAUCGUUGCCGACUAUCCGACCGGCGAGGGGACAUCAGACAGUGCUAUCGGUGGGGGUAUUUCUAUUUGUACAAAAUCCUCCCGCGCUUCCGCUUCUGAUGUUGAGUUUUCAGAGACGUAUUUAUAAUCCUCUCGACACACGAGUUAAAAAAAUCGCAUCGCCACGAGCAUCUUUACGCAUCGCGUGAUACGUUUGGGACAUAAAGUUGUUUUCAAUCGAUUUCGCUGAUUAUCGUUAUAUACAUACGCUUCGCUUUUGAAUCUUUGAUCGAACGUAUUUCCAAUACGUUUGUUGUAAGUAUCGAUGGGUAUGUACUUGUGUUUUUUUUCACGAUGCACUUUCGAACAAUGUUUCGUUCGAGUAACCGGAGUACACGAUAAUUGACGAUGAUUACACUGCAACAUGUCCAGCAUGGUGUGACAUCCGGUCAAGAAAAGUUGAGUUACAAUUGCAUCUGCACAAUUUCGAAAAACAAUGAAACGGCAGGAAUAAAUUGCGAUUGUGAGUUAGAUUGUGAGUUAUUAGAAUAGCGCAUAUUUUCUUCACGCAAUUUGCACGAAGUAAAUCAUAUUGUUAUGUUAUUCUUAUUAAUACGGUUACGCGGUGGAGAGAAAAUUAAUCUAUUAAUCCAAUAACGAAAUUAAUGAGUGAAACGUUAAUGUCAUAAAUGUUAACUCUUCAGCUAAUUGUUUAGAGUAAUUUUUUAAUAGAUAAUGUGAUUCAUAUAAUACAUUGUUUUUGUAUCAGCAUACAUUAAUCUCAUAGGUUUCGUGUAUACGCAUUUCUAACUGUUAAAUACACAAACAGUUAAAUACACAUCAAUUAAUAUAUGAAUUAGCAAUUAAACUUUUUAGUAAUUUUGUGCGAAUUUAGAUAAACACGAGAUAUGAAAUGAAUGAAUUCUGAUCAAAUCUGGCCUACGUUUUAUGAAAAUUGGCUCUAUCUUUUCGACGGCAAUGAAUGUAUUCUUUUUUUCUACAAUCAUUCACUAUGAUAAAUUAAUUAUCUAAAGUGUCAUUAUAUAUUUGUACGUAGUUUGUUUUCUAUUAAUUAUUGUGUAGAUAUCUGAGAUUAGAAUGUUUGUCAAAUAUCAUCGGGUGCAACUUUCAGCACUAUGAGAAAGUACUUAACCAGAUUCUUAGCGUAAAACAAUCUUACCCUAUGGACCAAGUAUCACACGGAAUAACAUUUUCAGGGACAGAGCGUUUAAGUAUUUUAUACCUUAACUUUUAACUUUUAUCGAGCAAGUAUACUCGAUAAAAAUAACGAAGUUUUUUAAGUCUUUAUCAUUUUCAAUCAGAAAUAUAUCUUAAUAUUUUUCAAAGAUAAUAUAAUGGAUUUUAACAGAGUUACACGAAUGAUAAGAAUAAAAUACGUUUAUUAAACAAUGAAUUCUUUAUACUGGAAUAGCGAAAUAUAUUUAUGUUCCUAAUAAAAAAAUGAAGGAACAAAAACUACAUUUUUUCUGUACCGGGUCGCAUAACUGUUUAUCUAAAAAAAUUGAUCUUUUUAAUUUUAAAUAAGGUAAUAAGAAAAAAUGCAAACAUAUUUUUAAAUGAACAAUGUAUGAAUAUGGUAGACAUAUGGAUGGCAGUAAACAUUAAUUAUUCACCCGGUAUAUAUACUGCGGCUAUAAUUACAAAUUGUACUUUACUGGCUUAGCAUGUUUGCUUAUAAAAUAUUUAUCGUUUAUUACGUAGCACAUAUACACAAAACAAUUUAAUGUUUAUGUUAGGCCUAAAAUAAUGUUCAUAAUCAUAUAUUUCAGUUAUCGCAGUUAAAUCUCGUUAGAAAACUGUCGUGUUAAUUGUAUAGUGUCAAAUGUUGCUGUAAACCUCAUGAAGCAUACUCCCAAAUUUGAAAAAAUAAAAAAAUUGUAAUUUGGUUUAAUCGGAUUAUUACAUCUGUCAUAGAUGCAAAAUAUACUAACGAGAUUUAAGCCUGCCUACGAAUUUUAUGCCGUUCGUUUAUAAUUUGGGAGUCUUGAUGAGGUGUGAAGUGUUGCAUUAUUGUUGAAAUUUGUAUUUAUUAAUUUUUGAAUAUUUUUAACAGAGCACCAGGUUUGCGUGUGACAUUAUUUCCAAUACUUGUAGCUAACAGAGCAUACACUUUCGACUUCCAAAUCACUUACGGAUGGAGUAUCAGUAUUAACGAUCGUUUAUAGAAAUUUAUGAAAUUUAUGGUGUUUGACUUUCUGUUUUUAGGCACGCAGCACGUCGGCGAAAUGUACGAACUGCACCGACUAUGAUGCCAAAGCAAUAUAUACACAAACGAGCGCUAUGCUUGCGACAA